AUGGAUACUCUCCCCAUUCCUGGACCAAUUCCCUCCCGGGAAGCACACGCAAAAAAAGACCUAAACUUCCCUCCGAGUCCAGCAACGACAGUCAGGGAAGGUUUGUCUUAUAGCAUCGACGGCGGGUCAGAUUGUUCAUUAUCAGGAUCCUUGCUAAACGAGGUCAUUGUCGAGGGGCCCCGCACAUAUCCCCUUCCUCCCAAGUCCAGAGUCAACAAGGUCCUCACGGAAGACCUGAAGACACCCGACAGCCAUGUCACCCGAGAUCCCCGACUAAUACGCCUGACGGGACUUCACCCCUUCAACGUCGAGGCCCCCCUGAGCGAACUGUACGACGAAGGCUUCAUCACUACCAAAGACCUCCAUUAUGUACGCAACCACGGCCCUGUACCAAAAGUCGAGGACGAAGACAUGUUUGAUUGGGAGUUCACCGUCGAGGGCUUGGUCGAGAACCCCAUCAAAAUGACGCUUAGAGACCUCAUCUCAGACUACGAGCAGAUCACCUACCCCGUCACCCUCGUAUGUGCUGGUAACCGCCGGAAAGAACAAAACAUGGUCAGAAAGUCCAAGGGCUUCUCAUGGGGCGCCGCCGGCCUGUCCACAGCCAUCUGGACCGGCGUCUCGAUCGGCGACCUCCUCGCCAAGGCGAUGCCCAAGAGGGGUGCCAAGUAUGUCUGCUUCGAGGGCGCCGACAAGCUACCCAACGGAUACUAUGGAACGAGCAUCAAGCUCAACUGGUGCAUGGACCCAAACCGCGGAGUGACCGUAUGCUACCGCAUGAACGGCGAGCUGCUCCAUCCCGACCACGGAAAGCCCGUACGCAUCAUCAUCCCCGGGCAGAUCGGCGGCAGAAGCGUGAAAUGGCUCAAGAAGAUUAUCGUGACCAAGGAACCGAGCGACAACUGGUACCACAUUUACGACAACCGCGUGCUCCCCACCAUGGUUUCCCCGGACGCCAGCGCCGAUCUCCCCGAAGUCUGGAAAGAUGAACGAUACGCCAUUUACGACCUCAACACAAAUAGUGCCACCUGCUACCCCGCGCACGAUGAGGACCUCCCGUUAGCCAACGGACCAGAGUCCUACAAUGUCCGCGGGUACGCGUACAGCGGUGGCGGCAGACGCAUCACCAGAGUGGAAAUAACACUGGACCGCGGCAAGACGUGGGCUCUCGCCAACGUCAACUACCCCGAAGACACGUACCGUCUCGCUCCCGAGGGCGAGACCCUCUACGGCGGCCGCGUGGACAUGGACUGGAGGGAGACCUGCUUCUGCUGGUGCUUCUGGGACCUGGACAUCCCUGUCGCCACGCUCGCGGACGCGGCAGACAUCAUGGUCCGCGCCAUGGACGAGGGCAUGAUGGUGCAACCGAGAGACAUGUACUGGAGUGUCUUGGGCAUGAUGAACAACCCGUGGUUCAGGGUCGUUAUCCACAGGGAAGGGCACAGCCUGCGCUUCGAACACCCCACGCAACCAGCGCUGAUGCCGGGCGGGUGGAUGGACCGGGUAAAGAAGGCCGGAGGAAACUUGGCCAACGGAUUCUGGGGCGAGAAGAUCGAGGGUGAGACCGAGAGCGCCGCCGAGCUGGAGCCGGUCAAGGAAAUCUGCAUGACCAAGGUCACCAUCAACCGGAACAUCUCUAUUGACGAGCUUCGCCAGCACGAAGGCGAGGAGGAGCCUUGGUUUGUCGUUAACGGCGAGGUGUACGACGGCACGCCGUUCCUCGAAGGCCACCCGGGAGGUGCAGCAUCCAUCUUCGGAGCCGCUGCGCAGGACGUGUCGGAAGAGUUCCUAACCAUCCACAGCGAAAACGCCAAGGCCAUGAUGCCUCAAUACCAUAUCGGCACCCUCGACGAGGCAGGUCAGAAGAUCCUGAGCGCAGGCGACGUCGUAGGAGCAGAGGACUCCAAAACCUCCCGCGCCGUCUUCCUGCAAUCAAAGACCUGGACCAAGGGCAUCCUCUCCGAAAAGACCAAGAUCUCAUCCGAUACCAAAAUCUUCACCUUUUCCCUCGAACACGCAGACCAAACCGUCGGCCUGCCCGUCGGCCAACACCUCAUGAUGCGCCUCCGCGACCCCGUCACCCGCGAGGCCAUCAUCCGCGCCUACACGCCCAUGUCCGAGGGCACCGACAAGGGCAAGCUCCAUGUCCUCGUGAAAAUCUACUACGACGCGCCCGGGCGCCCGGGCGGCAAGAUGACGCAGGCCCUCGACGCCAUCCCCGUCGGCCACUUUGUCGACUUCAAAGGCCCCAUUGGCAAAUUCGAAUACCUCGGCAACGGCCUCUGCUCCAUCUCGGGAAAGCACCGCACCAUACGACGAUUCGUCAUGAUCUGCGCGGGCUCCGGCAUAACACCCAUCUUCCAGGUCCUCCGCGCCGUCCUCCAAGACGCCGCGGACCCGACGACGUGCCUCGUCCUCGACGGCAACCGCGUCGAGGAGGACAUUCUCUGCCGCACGGAGCUCGACGCCCUGGCUGCCGCCGCCGGCCCGGAUAGGUGCCGCCUGAUGUACUCGCUGACUAAACCCGGGCCAUCGUGGACGGGCUUGACGGGUCGCAUGGACGGCUCCUUUUUCGAGAGGGAGGUGGGCAGGUGCCGGGGCGACGCUGGUGGCGACGAGCUCGUUCUCGUCUGCGGGCCGGAGCCGUUGGAGAAGGGCGUGCGCACCAGCCUUGCUGGCCUCGGCUGGAAGGAAGACGACUUGUUGUUCUUCUAG